AUGCAUAUUGAGCCAGUGGAAGAAAAGCUGUUUAGCCAGCUGCUAGAGUACAACAAAAAGCUUAAUCUGGGCAUCGUGUACAGAGUCGCAGGCGGAUGGGUGCGGGACCGGCUGAUGGGCAUAGCUAGCCACGACGUCGACAUCACAAUUGACAGGAGCAGCGGGGCUGUUUUUGCCAAGGGGUUUAUGCAGUAUCUCCACGAAAAAUCGGAGAGCGUGCGCGGGUACUAUGCGAUGGCAGCAAACCCCGAAAAGUCGAAGCAUCUGGAAACCGCCAGCCUGCAGUACAAAGGGCUGCUCGUGGACUUUGUGGCGCUGCGCACGGAGGAGUACACAGACACCCGAAUCCCUGCAGUGCGCACGGGGACGCCCCAGGAGGAUGCAAACAGGCGAGACAUCACGAUAAACUCUCUUUUCUACAACAUAAACACAGGCGAGGUCGAGGAUCUUACUGGGAAGGGGCUGGACGACAUAAAAAACAAAAAAAUACGCACUCCGCUGGAUCCAAUGGUCACGUUUAUGGACGACCCGCUAAGAAUACUAAGGGUUCUGCGGUUUGCUGCGCGCCUGUCCUUUGAGAUAGUUCCGGAGGUGCUGGGCGUGCUGGACAGAGAGCGCCUGCACGCAAAGCUAAAGGCGGUGGUGUCGAAGGAAAGGGUCGGGCACGAGAUAAAAAAGACCUUGGCCCAUUCCGGAUACAAAAUUGCGCUGCUGGCAAUGGUAAAGUACCGGAUUGCAGCCGCGCUGUUCCCCGGCAUAGAAAUAUCGCAUGCGGAGGUGCAGGAGUACACACACGCGCUAGAGGCCAUGGAAAAGGAGGAGGGGCACCCUCUGCACAGCAUAGAAGAGAAAAACAUGUACAUAGUUCGGCUGUUUUCUUUGCUGCAGAACAACCAAGGAGUCCGAGCGGGAAAGGCGUCUCUAACAGAGCAUGUAGUGGCAGAGUUUCUUCGGUGGACCAAGGCAGAGCGGGCGCACAUUGUGCAGAUAGAGGCAGGCGUGUCUGCCAUGGAGCGCCUGCUAAAGAUGGAUGUGGAGGAAAGGGACAGACAGGUAAGGAUGGCGCGCGAGCUUAAGCAGUGCCUGCCCGAGGCGUUCUGUGUCUACGAUGCGCUGCAGCGCAUGGGGAAGCUGAGGCCAGCCAGCAUAUGCGCACUGUAUGCAGACAUAGUAAGCAGCGGAUACAUCGAUGCCUAUCUAAGAAAGCCUGUAGUGUCCUAUGCCUUGCUGAAGAGCAAACUGCAGCUCUCGCCCGACAAGACUGCCAUGUGCGUGAAUAGGUGCGUGGAGCUGUCCAUUAUACACAGCACCGAAGACACAGAGCAAAUAAUCCGCAUUUUGUGCAAGGAGAUGCAAUCCAGGCCACUAUAG